CUUGAAACUCUCCCCACAACGACUAUCUCUACCUCUAGGCUCCUGAUCACAGAUGUGCAAUAAUUUGAGAAAUUAUUCACUCCCUUUUUAAGAGAACUUUUCGUUAGUAGUAUUCUAAUAGACACGUCAUGCAAAAAUAAUUUUCUUUAGAGGUAUCCAUUUAAUCCUUUAGGUAUGUAAUUCGUUGCGUAAACACAAAAAUUGUUUACACAGACGAAUUUGUGUUUGUAGUUUGUACAGACAAAUUACAUACAUAGAUUGUUUUAAAUUAAGACAGUUUUUUUGCAUGACGUUGUGUCAAUAACAGAAAUUGCUAUUAAAAAGGGGAGUAAAUAACUUCUCAAAUUAUUGAGCAUUGUGUUUAGGAGCCUGAUGAUUGUGAUCACCUAAUGGUGAAUUGCUUUUGGAUUAGAAAACAUGUGGCAUGAGAUAAAGAAAUAUGUAAGAUCCAACAAACUUUGGGAUCCAGUACUGUACAAGAAAUAAUCCAUUAUCUUGAUUUCUUAUCGUCAAUUCGUCUUUUAGAGAGAAAUCGAUACAAGGUCGUCAAUGAUCGGUAACAUGUUUGGUAAGACAAUGGACGGAAACAAUAUGGUGAAAGGAAAAGUGGUGUUAAAGAAGAAGAAUGUGAUGGAUGUGAACGACGUUGGUGCGUCAGUUCUUGAUGGAGUGUAUGAGUUGUUUGGCCAAAAGAUCUCGUUCCAGCUCAUUAGCGCAAGUCAUCCUGAUCACAAAUUCGCAGAAGCAAAGGUAGGAAAUCCAGCCAUCCUGGAAGACUGGAAGAGUACAAAUCUGUCAAUUAAGGAAUUGAUGUAUGAAGUUAAGUUUGAAUGGAUAGGACUUCCAGGGGCACUUGUUGUAAAAAACUAUCACCACACUGAAUUUUUCCUCAAGACCCUCACCCUACAAGAUGUUCCUGGUUAUGGCCAAGUCCAUUUUGAUUGUAAUUCAUGGGUUUAUCCAUCCAAAUAUUAUGAAAGGGACCGCAUUUUCUUCUUCAACAAGGCAUAUCUACCUAGUGAGACUCCGGAAUUUCUACUUCCGUAUAGAAAACAAGAAUUGUUUACUCUGAGAGGUAAUGGAUCCGGGGAGCUCAAAGAAUGGGACAGGGUUUAUGAUUACGCAUUUUACAAUGACUUAGGGGAUCCUGAUAAAGACGUAGAUCAUGCAAGACCGGUUCUUGGAGGAUCUUCUGAAUACCCGUAUCCUCGUAGGGGGAGAACAGGCAGACCGUCGACCAAAAUAGAUCCCAAAACCGAGAGCAGGCUUCCACUUCUUAAGAGCUUAGACAUAUAUGUUCCAAGAGAUGAAAGAUUUGGACAGUUGAAGUUGUCAGAUUUUCUUGGUUAUGCUUUCAAAUCCGUUGUUCAGUUCCUUGUCUCUGAGGUUCUGGCUCUAGACAUAACUUAUGAUGAAUUCGACUCGUUUGAAGAUGUGUUGAAGACUUAUGAAGGAGGAAUCAAGCUCCCCUUGCUUGAAAAAGUAAGGAAAAAUAUCCCUUUUGAGUUUUUGAAAGUUAUUUCUCAAACAGACGGAGAGGGACUUGCCAAAUUCCCGAUGCCACAAGUUAUUGAAGAGGAUAAAUCUGCAUGGAGAACCGAUGAAGAAUUCGCAAGAGAAAUGUUAGCUGGUGUCAACCCUGUUAGCAUCCGUCUACUCAAGGAGUUUCCUCCAACAAGCAAACUAGACUCUAAAGUAUAUGGUAACCAAAACAGUUCAAUAAAAGCUUCACACAUUGAGAAAAAUCUUGAUGGUUUAAAUAUAGAUGAGGCAAUCAAAGCAAACAAACUAUUUAUAUUGGACCACCAUGAUUCCUUGAUGCCAUACGUGAGGAUGAUAAACGCAACAUCCACCAAGAUUUACGCCACACGAACUUUGUUGUUUCUGAAAAAGGAUGGAAGUCUAAAACCAUUGGUAAUUGAAUUAAGCUUGCCACAUCCACAAGGAAAUCAACUUGGUGCUAUUAACAAAGUGUACACUCCAGCUGAACACGGUGUUGAAGGUGCAAUUUGGCAGUUAGCCAAAGCGUAUGUAGCCGUUAGCGACUCUGGGGUCCAUCAACUCAUAAGUCAUUGGUUGAAUACUCAUUGUGUUAUUGAGCCAUUUGUGAUUGCAACAAAGAGGCAACUAAGUGUGCUCCACCCGAUCCAUAAGCUUCUUCACCCUCAUUUCCGGGAUACAAUGAACAUCAAUGCUUUUGCAAGGCAAAUCCUUAUCAAUGGUGGGGGGAUACUUGAGCAAACAGUCUUCCCAGGAAGAUAUGCUAUGGAAAUGUCAUCCGUCAUAUACAAAGAUUGGGUGUUCCCUGACCAAGCACUCCCCGUUGAUCUUGUUAAAAGGGGAAUGGCGAUUCAAGAUUCAAAUUCGCCACACGGGCUUCGUUUGCUAAUUGAGGAUUACCCAUAUGCUGUCGACGGUCUUGAGAUUUGGUUUGCAAUUAAAACAUGGGUUGAUGACUAUUGUAGCUUCUACUACAAGAGUGAUGAAAUGGUUCAUAACGACACCGAACUCCAAUCAUGGUGGAAGGAGCUUCGAGAAGAGGGCCACGGUGACAAGAAAAACGAGACGUGGUGGCCAAAAAUGCAUACUUGUCAAGAUUUAACUGACACAUGUACUACAAUCAUAUGGGUGGCUUCUGCCCUUCAUGCAGCUGUAAAUUUCGGACAAUAUUCUUAUGCUGGAUACCUCCCUAAUCGUCCAACUCUAAGUCGUCGUCUCAUGCCUGAACCAAACACACCAGAAUAUGAUGAGCUUAGAGAGAAUCCAGAUGGUGUCUUUUUGAAAACAAUAACUGCUCAGCUGCAGGCACUUAUUGGGGUAUCUUUGAUAGAGAUAUUGUCGAGGCAUCCAUCGGAUGAGGUCUAUCUUGGGCAAAGAGAGAGUUCAGAAUGGACAAUGGAUGCGGACCCUUUAAAAGCAUUUGAGAAGUUUAGCAAGAAAAUUCGGAAUAUUGAGGAGAGAAUCGUAAAGAGGAACAAUGAUGAAACUUUAAAGAAUAGAGUUGGAGCAGUUAAAGUACCCUAUACACUUUUGUAUCCAUCUAGCAAAGAAGGUCUUACUGGAAUGGGAAUCCCAAAUAGUGUGUCGAUAUGAAUCAAUAUUCGGUUUAUGUAUACUAUUAUCAUGAUUCGUUUGUUGUAAAUUUCUCUUGAUUCCAAGAGAUCUCUGAAUAAUGCAUUUCUAGUUAAACA